AUGUGCACAAAGAAAUGUUUUCGCAUGCCCACGUUAGUCAUACUCGGUGUCAUUUUCACAAUCGUUUUGGUCUUCAUUACCGGCAUCACCCUGACGAACAGCAUAAAUAUUUCGAAUAUUAUAAAGUUGCGUGAAAAGGUUGCCAGUGAUUCGGCGGCGGCGAACAGUGCCAAUGCGGCGCAGACGCGUGCAGCAUUGGUGGAACAGCAGUAUUCCACAUUGCAGCAGCAUCAUUUGUCGCGCAGCGAUUUAAAUUAUAUAACAGCUAAUCAUCCGAAAAAUCUACAACGUUUUCAACCGAACACACCAAAUUUGCAACAGCAGCCACAACAACAAGAACAACAACCACAACAAACAUUGCCUCAUAUCUCCACAACAAAUACAAAUAAUAAAAUAAUCAUUGAAAUUGGUAUCAGUAACUAUAGUUUGCCACAAAAAUCUGCAAGUUCGGGAACGGUGUAUUCCAAUAAUGCCACCUCAUCCUCGGCGUCAUCGUCAUUAUCUUCGGUGUCGUCCUUUGAUAAUAAUCAGGGAGCUGCCUCCAAUUCUACUGCCUCCGUUGUUGAAGAUUUGAUGGCGCCUCUAAAUGGCGCCAUUAUUGAUGGUCACAUUGAAUCCAUAUCAGUGCCAGCCACAUCAGAAAUUCGUCAACAAUUAAAUGAGACUCUCAAAUAUUUUGGAGGAAAUGGUCAAAAUGGGCCAGCGACGACGAAGACCACAACAACAACAUCAACAACUCCUCCAGUGCCAGUGCCGAAAAAUUCAACGGUGACAUUGAGUUUUCAAAAUGAAACCACCAUGAAUUCCAGCCGAAAUGAGCAUAACCAGAAUAACACAUCCUCUGAUGAAGCAGCGACCGCUGCUGUUGUUCAUCUGCCAUUAACAAAACCCGUAGCCUCACUGGUCUCAUCAUCAUCGGCAUUGGCAUCCUCAUCAACCGAAACAUUUGAAAGCCUUUUAAAUAAUUCUUUAAAUUCCACAACUUCAUCAGGAGGAGCAGUGGUGGCAGCACCAACAACAACAGCUAAUGCAUCAUCUUCCACAUUAAAUGUUACAAUUUCACCAGCUUUAAUUGCUAGCCACCCUUCCACCUCUCCAACCACUACCAACUUAUCAAGCAGCGAUGGAAACGUUUUUAUUGCCUCAGAAGCACCAUCGUCAACGGCAUCACCAUCUUCAUCAUCAGUGGCAACAAAUCAAUUAAGCAUUGAAGAUCAUAAUCCCGGCAUGAUUGAUUUUGAAAAACGCAAUUAUGUUAAAAAGAUCACUUUCUCCGAACAAAUUUUAACAAACCUUUCUACAACAUUGAUCAAUUAA